UUUUAUUUUUUAUUUUUGACAGCACAAGUACACACACACACCAAAAAAUGAUGUUGAAACAAACAUUAUUUAUCGUUUGUUUCAUAACAUUCACUUAUGCACAGAUGCCAAAGAAACCUCCUAUACUUCCAUUAACUGAAGACUUGCCUUACAUAAAAUGUGACGUAUGUCAAAAAGCUGCCAAAUCACUUUUUAAGGCUGUUCGACGUAAACGUGAUGAAGUGAAGCCAUUAAAGCUUGGGGAAGAGGAAAUAUUAGAAAUUGUUGAAAAAUCAUGCAAUCCUGACGAAGAGGUCUAUGGUGAAUGGAUUAACAAACUUGACAUUCUUGAGGUAAAAGAUGGUCUAAAAUUGCAGGAACAUACAAAAGUGGGCAAAUGUCGAGAAGAGUGCAAAACCAUUGCGAGAUCGUGUGAUGAAACAAUUGGUGAUGUGGACACAGAUCUAGGUGAAUUACUGUGGAAGAAUGAUUUAAAAUUAGCAUCAUUUAUUAAUGAAGUCUGUUACAGUUUGACUAGUGCUUGUAAUAAACUUCAGAAAAAGUUUGUCAAAGGAAAAAGAAAGGAUUUCAAGUUUGUUGAAAUGACAGAAAAAGAUAUUGAAGCUAUGAAGAUGAUGAGAAAUAUGAAGGGCAAACCAGGUAUGCCUGGUUUAGAAAUGUAUACACCAGAAGACCUUGAAAAUAUGAGAGAGCAACUUGGUAUAGAUCCAGCCGCAGAGUCCAACUUACCGUCAGGCAAGCAAGAAGAUGAUACACCUCAAGAAUUUCAUCAUACAGCACCAAUAGGUUUUGUUGACACUAUUAAAGCAGCAGGGUCAGACAUCAUUCAGAAAGUUAAAUCAUUUUUCGGUUAUAGCACCUCAAAGUCUGAACUUUGAAAUUUUUUAUCUUUCACCAACAUUGAAAACUGAAUCUGUGCAUACAGUAUGGUAUAAAGUUUUUGCCAAUGUACAUCAAACUACUGAUGUAAAUUUAAAUGGAACAAACAUUUUAUUUACAACAAAUCUUUAACUUUUGGUUUUUAUUUUAUAUUUCAUUUUUGUUUAAUAAUAUUAUAGGUAGAAUAAUACAACUAACUUUAUAGCAUGCAUACCUAACACUUUUAAGACCAAUUUUACUAAAUUAGCCUAAUUUUAAGCCUUAAUGAAAUAUUUAUUUUAGGAUUAUAUUGAAGUUAUUUAUAACAUAGAAAUUUUACUGUGACGAACCAAUGCAUAAUUUUUAGUUAGUCUUAUAUGGGUUACAUUUAUCAUUUUUUCUUGUGUUAGUUUUAUAUCAUCAGUAUUUUACUGUAAAAAAGGACCAACAGGUUCUAAAAACGUUAUCAUCAAGAGUGAUCUAGAAACAACUAUUUUUUUUUCUAUUAUGCAAAUUGACAUAUAUUAUAUGCCAAUUUGCAUAUAAUGUAGGUGUUAUAUGGUAGAAAAAAAUAAUUACGAAGAAGAGCUUUAUUAAAAUACUGUAUAAUGAUAAUGAUUUUUAAUUUCUUUGUAUCCCAACAGUUAACGAUGCUUUGAAAGAGUUGUGUUAUUUUACUGUGUGUCUUUUACACAUUAUAUUAUAAUAAUUUUAAAUGUAGCUUUCUAUAGCAUUCAUAUUGGUUAUCACUUUAGUUAAGGCAUUUGUGAGGUUUGUUAUUUUUGUUCUUUCCUAACUAAGCAUGAAAAUAUCAGCUCGAAUA